AUUGGAUAUUUUCUGUCGUCUUCGCUCAAGUGCAAUCAUAUUAUCUGGACGGCCAUUUUUUUUUUUUCGUUUUUCAGGUGCCUGCUAAUUCAAGAACGCGGUUCUUUAUGGUGCUUUUAAACCCUUGUAUAGUACAUCGUUCUGUGCUUGACCGCUUCAUUGUGUCUUAAAAAUACCCCGCCACGCGGCAAUAUUGUGAAGUCUUCAACUUUCUCCAUAUAGAAGCGCUCCUGUCAUUCAAUAUCCCCCGCAGAACACGAUGCUACCAGCUACCAGUAUUUCACUCCAAUCCCGAUAAUCAGGAACCAGACGGAAUGAGUUCAAGCCUUGUCCAUUUCCAUACCAUCGCUAGAUUAGUAGUCCUCGGACUGAAGCUGGCGACUGGAUCUUGGUCAUACGAUGUCGUCGCACAAGUCUGACGGUGGCCGAAUACCCCGGCUGAAGGAUGUCGCUUCUAAACCCCGAAAUGUAUCGUCGACCGGGAUGGCUUCAGCGCGUUCCUCGAACUCUGCUGCCCAAUUAUUGCACCGUCCCCGGAUACCAAGGCCGAACAAUGGACCAUCCAGGAAUAGCAGAACACCAUCUCUAUCCGAUGCAGAAGAUAGUCGCCAUGCCUCUGCAUCCUCGAAGACGUCGAGAAUUCCGACUGGCCUCAUGGCUCGUCCGCCCUCAUCCUCUCAAGGGACGAUCCACUCAUCUUCGCCGCAUUCGACCCCGGACCCGAAGGCAGAUCGUCGUGUAUCAUUGGCAUCCCACAUGGCUGCUGGACCCCUGAGUCACUCCGGAACUGAACCACAGACCCCAAGUCAAGGUCGACUGCGGAAUGUUCUGCGAAGGAGAGCGCCCACAAUUGGCCAGCAUAGUGCACAAAUUAAGCCCAUGCCGGAUAGAAUCAGGUCUCAGAAGUUGAAUGUUAUAAUUCCAGAGCAAUCUUCCAUUGGUCGUCCAGCGACUACAUUAUCUCGGUCCCCGCCAGGUAAUGCUAGUCUGAUCGGACAACUUUCAUCACCAAUGACCUCGCCGGAGAUUUCUUUGAGCAGCGUAUCGAAUAUCACAGCUCACGAUGUCCCAAAGGAGUUCGCCAGUCUUAGGACCACCACGAUCAACACACAGAACCUCCCACCCCCAACCCCAAUCAUCCCUUCUGCCAGCAGCCCAUCGACGAGAUACUCUGAGUCUCCCGGCAUGUGGAGUAGGACAUCCACACCUACUACCUUGUCUUCGUACUCACCAGGGAUCUCGAUCCCUCCUAAGGGUCCUCGUAUAAGACAGCCAAGUCCAACUCAAAGCAGGCUCCCUGUCUUCUCUCCCCAGCAACACCAGCCGAGCUCAUCCGCAGGAAAGCCUGCACGAAGCGCUAUAGAUGAAUCGGAACCACGCCCCAGAGCAAGCCGGGGCGAUUUACAUGGUGAUAGCUACCAUGAAGAGUCUGGGACGAGAAUGGUUAAUGCGCCGAACGUGGCUGGAAGUAGCCUGCCACGAAAGUUACCCACUUGGACAAAACCGAUCCUCUUCAGUGAGAAGCAGCCAAGCCACGAUAUGCAGCCGGACUCUGGAGCAGCACAGAAACCAAAAUCUGUUUUUCGUGAGGAGAGAGCGGACGGGAUGAAGAUUUCUGUCCAUAUUCCCACACGACCCAGCAGAGAAGGGACCCAUCAGUUGGUGCUGGAGCCCUCACCGAUCAUUCAGAGCAACAUAAUGCCUACAGCUUUGACAGGACAUAGAUGUCGGAUUUCAGGCGAUCGGAAUGCAGUACCCGAGGGAGCGACACAUUCAAACUUGUCUGCAGCCACGUCUGUGGAUUCUCUGUAUUCUACUUUAUCUGCGCAAGGAACCACCUCACGCAUCCCCACGUCGCCCGAACUCCUAUGGAAAAGCCCCCGAAUCCUGACCAAGGGUCCUAACGCUCAGCACGAAGUUGUCAGUCCAGGCAAAACCCGCACCCUUGGUCUGUUCUCUAGACGAUCUAAACCAGAGAUAGAAAAGGAUAACGAAGGUAGAUCUUUUCGCAAAGGACCAGCUGCUGGAACAGGCCACGAAGGCUACGGCAGGUACUCGCAGCGAGGCCGCAAGAUGAGCACGACUAGUAGUACGACCAGUCGAGCACGAUCGUCAAGCUCAGUAAGAAGUGGACCAAAGCCUGUUUCCAGCAGCAAAGGCAUUCCUGGAAAAGGCCGUCCGGAGUUCGAGCUUGAUGACUUUCUACUGGAGCGUCUUCAACCUGUGAUCAUCCAAGGCGGUGGUAUGGAUGGCACUGCUGCUUUGAGAAGGCAGAGCGGACAGAGCACAAGUGAUUUCAGUACAGGCACAAACUCAAUUCUGACACAACCGUCCAAGGUUUCUCCAUCUGCAAGCGGCUCCACGGAGACAUUGCUAUCAUCUAGGGCGACUUCGGUGACACUGAGCGAAUCAGUCUGGAGAGGCUCGGAAGGGCAAAAGACUUCGAGCAUAUUAGCAUUUUCCGAGCCUGCGGAUAUGUCCGUCACCCAACCAGAGCAGACGAGAGUUGUCAAACCGCAGGUGCUUGCUCAGGUCAGUCGGCAAUAUCAGAAACCUCAAGUGCCCGACGAUGAUAGACAGCCCAGAGCUCUUGAGGCACAGAGCCCACAGAAAAAGCCAUCUAAGAGAGGCCUUGGGCUCAAAUGGAAUAUAUUUCACAGAAAACCGGACACAGUUCGAUCACCUGUCGACAUUGACGCCCCUUCUGGCCCAAAGCUUCAUGCUACGGUAUCUCCCGUAGCUGCCCGUAGGCCUCUUCCGUACUAUGCGCUGCUGGACGAUGACUCGGACCCACUUGAAGAGAUAGUCCAUCGUGUUGAGAACUCACCUCCGACCGAGGACGAAGAGACAGAGAUUGCCUCCCCAGUUGAAGUGCCAGCUGCUUUGAAUAUACGAGACGCUACCGAUUCCAUCUUACUACCUUCACCACCGAAGCUACACGACAAUUUGUUUCGAGAUCAAGCCGAGUCUCCAAAGGUCUAUUUUGACAACAGCUUUGCUCCUCGGAGCCCCGAAGGUAGAUUGGACGAUCAAGUGGAAGUUAAACAUACCAGUCGCCUAACAUCGAUCGGUCGCAUCCCCCGAGUUGUUUCGAGAAGGGAGCGACCGCACAAGCCGGCUCUGCAGUCAUUCUCGAGACCAUUUAGCGUGGCGGACUCUCCUUCAUUACUCGCUCCAGUUGGCCCGAGGCCUAACGAAUUCCCCCCCUCCAUCUCACAACCACCCACAGUGCAACAGCUCGAAUCCCCGCAGAAGCAGUCUGUUGACGGGUUUGACCUAGCGAACCCAUUUGCCGACCUUUUUCAAUUCAGUGUCCUAGACUUCAUUGCUGGUCCUUAUGCAAAGGAUGAGUUUAUGACGUUUUCACCCAGGAAGGAAUCGGUAGUAUCUACUUCAAGUGGCUCCGAGAGCCUUGCUGCAAUCACAGCCGUGGUUCCAAGCCCCGGGGCAGAUUUGACGGAAGAUGAAGUAUGGGGGGAGUACGAUGACCUCAUUGAUCAUGUUCUGUCGCCCCAGACAACAAGUUAAGCCCCCGGCUGGUCCGGUUGAUGGGCCAAAAGUCGAG